GUGUAUUCCUGAGAGAAUAAGUGUUAUCUCUGUGUACAUGAGCAGCUCUGAGGAAUGUGUUCAGUGCUCCGGAAUGGGACGGACACUUCCUCUCACAUCUCACUGGAGGGCCGUUGAGUCUCCGGAAACCCUCGUGGUCUUUGGGGUGUGGUCCUCUAAAGUUCAGGCGGUCUUCAGAGUUUGAGAAGGUUUCACAGGAGUUCUAGAUGCAUCGGCGGUUUCUGACAUGAGUGUGAGAACAGUUUCUUCAGACGGUACCCCAGCCGCUGAUACGGUGUCAGGGGACACACACACGCUUGUGAUGAACACCCGUCCUUUACAAACUUCAUCUUCAGAGUGUGAUCCAGAGUCAGCUUUAGUGAAGACAUCACACCCGCCGCCCUUACAGUCUGAGGGGAUUUAUAUGAUUCCAGAUUCUGAGGGAGACGCUCUUCUGGCCGAUCUGGAGUCCACCUCCUCACACAUUUCCAAACAAGCUGCGUUUCUCUCAGAUGAGACGCCAUAUUCCUAUCCUACAGGAAAGGACUCUUAUCAGGAAGUGUCGUCUCCGCCUCCUGUGACAUCACAUCCUGCGGUGAAUGGAACGCUGUUAGAGCAAACAGAAUCACAGCAGUCUUUGAGCUCGGUUCACAAAAGCCCGAGUCCUCGCGUGUCGCAGUCAGACGAAGAUCACGUCUAUAGUUUCCCAAACAAGCAGAAGAGCAGCGAGCUUCAGACGUCGGCCAUCAUGAACUCAUCACUGGGCUGUAAUCUGUCUGAACUGGACCGUCUGUUACUGGAGCUCAACGCCGUACAACACAGCACACCGUCCUUCGCCACUGAAGCGUCCAGCAGCACUCAGCGUUUGACCCCAGAGAACGGUCUCUCGUCAGCAGUCAAAGCUCCUCCUCCUAAACUAGAGAAGCCAAAACGUCUCGCAGCGCCUCGAGAGGACGUCAGACCCAGCGUGGAGAGUUUAUUAACUGAGCUGGAGACUUCAGUGCCCGUCUCUGUAGCGGCUCCGUCAGUGCCGGUGAUUUCUGAAAUGAGCGAGAUACAGGAGGACACACCAGAAGCUCAACAACAGGCCAGAAUCUCUGCUUCAUCUGCUACACGAGAACUGGAUGAACUCAUGGCCUCGCUGUCUGACUUCAAAGUUCAGAGUAAUAUCAUUGCUCAAGGUAAAAGUUCUCCCAGCGGUGUUCAGAAGCCGGCUAAUAAGUUGGACAACAUGUUGGGCAGUCUGCAGUCAGAUCUCAAUAAACUGGGAGUUCAGACGGUGGCUAAAGGAGUUUGUGGAGCUUGUAAGAAACCCAUCGCUGGACAGGUGGUAACAGCGAUGGGCCGGACGUGGCAUCCAGAACAUUUCGUGUGUACUCACUGUCAGGAGGAAAUAGGUUCAAGAAACUUCUUUGAGAGAGACGGACAGCCGUACUGUGAGAAAGAUUAUCACAGCCUCUUCUCUCCACGCUGUUACUACUGCAACGGACCCAUACUGGAUAGAGUGGUGACAGCAUUGGACCGGACGUGGCACCCGGAGCAUUUCUUCUGUGCCCAGUGUGGUUCAUUCUUUGGCCCUGAGGGCUUCCAUGAGAAGGAGGGAAAAGCGUACUGCAGGAAAGAUUACUUUGACAUGUUUGCCCCAAAGUGUGGCGGUUGUACGCGAGCCAUCCUGGAGAACUACAUCUCUGCCCUCAACUCUCUGUGGCACCCCGAGUGUUUUGUGUGCAGGGAGUGUUUCAUUCCCUUCGUGAACGGCAGUUUCUUCGAGCACGAGGGUCAGCCGUACUGCGAGGCGCAUUAUCACGAGAGACGCGGCUCGCUCUGCUCCGGCUGUCAGAAGCCCAUAACCGGCCGCUGUAUCACCGCCAUGGCCAAGAAGUUUCACCCCGAGCAUUUUGUCUGCGCCUUCUGCCUUAAACAGCUGAAUAAAGGCACGUUCAAAGAGCAGAACGACAAACCGUACUGCCAGAACUGCUUUGUGAAACUCUUCAGCUAGAUUCGAGGCGUCUGUGAGAGGGUGAAGCGCCCUCUAGUGGCCGUGCGUUCACACCAGCGUGUUUCUGUGCCAAAGCACUGUCAAUCAUGUGUGGUUUUUAAUAACCUUUUUAAAGAAAUACAUUUGCUAUUUUAGAUAAUAUCAACUGCAUCGGACAAAUCAACAAGAUGUAUUUUUCUAUUUCUUACACACUCACUGAACACACAUCUCUUUGCACAUUUCAGGAGAAUGUUUCUUCUCUCUUCUCGCUGCUGUUUUUUAAGUAAAAGAUGCACUUUGCUCUUUUAUUUUGCUUGUCUUUUUCUCAUCGAACCUGUCAGGUGCAAUAACUGCUGAUGUCAUGAAAAUCUCAAGGUCAUAUUCUGUAUAUUUUUCUAAUUUUGGUACUCAUUUUCUUCAGACAGCGCGUCUUCCUCUGUCUGCUCAUUUAACAAAAGUGAUCUUAUAUAUUUCUUUCAAUUUUUUCUAUCGUUCUGAUUGGCUGGAGUGUUUUUGCCUUCAUGAGGGUUCAGCUGUGUUUAUAUUAAAAUAUAUUCUCUCAAAAAGCUUUUUUAAACAUACAAGCGUGGCUUCUGGUUUGUGAUCAUGUUUUGUUUCCUCAAAAUCUCAUCUCAGUUAGAAAUGCAGUUCCCUUUUUUAUUGGAUUUCCUGCUGCAUGCAAGUAAAUGCAUCAAAGUCUUAAGAAUUAUAAUUGAUGGCAAAGGCUUUACUCAGACAUAUUGUGACUGUUUUAGUACUUUAAAGAUCUUCUUUUUCAGGGUGAUGUUUUAUUCUUCAUAAACUGAUGACAUGCACAUUGUAUUGACAUCAUGGGGUUUAAUUGUACUGUAUGAGGCUUGAAAUAAAAACCAGAUGAUAGAUCA